AUGUCUAGCGUAGAGGAUUUGAAAGAGCAAGGAAACGUCGCGAGUGAGGCAGAAAAGUCGAUGAUGCCAUCAUCACAUCAGGAGGAGGCUGCUGUAAAGAAGAAGUAUGGAGGUCUCAUGCCAAAGAAACCACCACUCAUUUCCAAGGAUCAUGAGCGAGCAUACUUUGACUCAGCUGAUUGGGCUCUUGGAAAGCAAGGUGUUGCGAAGCCAAAGGGACCUCUUGAAGCUCUUCGUCCCAAAUUACAGCCAACACAGCAGCAGACACGUUACAGGAAGUCUCCAUGUGCUCCAUCCAAUGCCGGUGAAGAUGGAGGAGAAGCUGCUCAGACCGAAGGAGUUUCCGGCAACAACGAGGAGUAG